CUGAACUGGAGGAGGAGAACUAUCAUCCUCGUAGUGAAUUGCAGACAAAGAGUCUUGAGAAUGCUUCAGAAGAAGAGAUAGCAAAGCUAAAAUCUGAAAUCUCUAGUCUAAAAAGUCAGUUAUAUCAAGCUAAGAAAGAUGUGCGAGAUAAGGAACAAUAUAUCUCUA